UGUCCUAAAGUAUGCAGCCACUCUAGUUUUGUGAUCUUUAGUUUUCAGACACUAUGGGUAAGUUCAAGUUCUCCCCCCUGGACAUCUCCCUCAUGUUUUUGGGCCUGGUGUUCUUAGUGGUGGACAUAGUGCUGGAUGUAUUGGCCGUGGUGAAUUUCUACCAGGAAAAGUCUUAUGUGAGCCUCUCCGUCCUGAUCCUGCUGCUGGUGGGCUCCUCCCUGCUGGUCCAGGCGUUCAGCUGGCUGUGGUACAGGUACGAGGAAUCUGAGAGGGAUCAGGAGGAGAAGUCCAUGAACCAGACAAAGGUGGAGAAGUGCCUGAGCCGCAGCCACAUGAAACUACUCCAUGUACUCCAGCUGGGAAUCUACUUCAGGCAUGCAGGUGUGGUGGAGAUGUCUUUAUGCAGUGCAUACUCACAGGUCAAGGAUUCAGAGGGCUUCGCAGUGUACAUGAUCCAUGACCUGAGCAUGCUUCGGCUCAUAGAGACGUUUUCAGAGAGCGCGCCUCAACUCGUCCUCAUGAUCACCAUCAUGUUGCAAGGGCAACUCGACCCUAUCACAGUGUUGAAGGCGGUCGGUUCAAUGUCAGCCAUUGCCCUCAGUGUGACCAUGUACCAUCGCUCCAUGCGCUCCUUCCUGCCCGACAAGGAGAAGCAGCAGUUGAUCUCAUCGGUGGUGUACUUCCUGUGGAACCUGCUCCUCAUCUCCUCUCGCCUCACUGCCCUCGCCCUCUUCGCUUCCGUGCUGCCCUGCUUCAUCUUCACCCACUUCCUGUGUUCCUGGCUAGUUCUGUUCUUCUUCCUCUGGCGGUCCAAGACCGACUUCAUGAGUAGCCCCUGCGGAGAGUGGCUUUACCGAGCCACCGUGGCCCUUAUUUGGUAUUUCGACUGGUUUAACGCGUUGAAAGGGAGGACGAGGUACAAGACUAUGGUCUACCACGGGUACAUACUGGUGGACAUUUCCGUCCUCUGCAGUUUGUGGUGCUGGAAGAUGAUCACGGAUACACCAUUGUUUGAAGUUCAACUGCAUGCUGUAAUCGCUGCGGUCACUGUUGUUGCAGUCUAUAUCCUUGGUCUCGUUUUUAAAAUGAUUUAUUAUCGGUGCUACCAUCCAAACCUGUCUAAAGAGGAGUUGAAAGGGGAUGACACUAAAGGGCCCCCGGUUGAUGAACAACGAUUAAUGAUAUGUGAAAUACCUUCUGAAGAUGUGGUAGAUCUGUCCAUAGAUGAUUUAGAGGAGGACAACGUUAGGUUUAGAGAUCUAAACGAUGAAGAUCGCAGCAUUCCCGCCCAACCAGCACCCGAAAUCAAACGUUGCAAUAAAAGAAUGAGGAAGUUGGCUGAGAACUUCUAUUCCUGACCUGCAUCACCUGACCCCCACCGCACUGAGUCAUGCAGACUUGACCAUCAUGGGGUUGUGAGGGAUAGAAGGACCUGCUUCCUGAUUAUCCUCAGAUUCAACCUCAUGGGUUUAACCUAGACUGCUGCUUGUAAGCACGUAGCCUCAUUCUGCUGUGUACCAAAGCACAUGAAGCUGUUAAAAACGGAUGUUCACGAUAGAUGGUGGAAGUGUGUAGCAUGCGCUAUGAUGGAAAGCGUUAUAUUUUAAAGCUAAGCUAAGUGAUCCAAAUCACAUGGGCAUUUACACAAAUUAUUUUAUUUAUUUAUUACAUUUUGAGAGGGCUGUGCUCUGGGUGCAUUUCUAGUUAUUAAUAGUUCCAUGUGUUUCCUCUUAGUGCAAAAAAGCAUUCCCCUAUUUAAGUGACUGUAUGGAAGGUAUGGGGUGGCUCAACUUUAAAGACAUCCUAUUGUGUUCAUUUGCAGGUUCAUAUGACUAUUUUGUGCCUCUACUGUGACAUGUACCAUGCUUAAAUGUUGAAAAAGCUCUGCAGCACCUCUUUUCACCUUCUGUCUGAAACCAGAGCCCUGUCUGCUCUGAUUGGUUAGCUUGCCGGCUCUGUUGUGAUUGGUCAACUGCUUAGAGAUGUCCCGCCUCUUCGCCUAUCACAUACAAUG